AUGCGCCAAUAUGUUCGUUCGGAAUGCGCCAAUCUACAAAAGCAUAAGAAGAAGGCCAUGAAUGUUGUCACUAGUGAUUCUGAAACUGAUUCAGAUGAAGAAGAAGAAGAUCUGAAGAAUUUUGUGGCUUUGACAACUUUCAAUUCUAGUUCAGAUAUAGAUUCUGCGUCAGUUUCUGAAUUAGUGUCUGCAUCAGUGUCUGCAACAGGGUCUGCAUCAGCAUCUGCAACAGGGUCUGCAUCAGCAUCUCCAACAGGACCUGCACUUAAAAGUGAAAACGAUGAAUGCGAGAGUGAUGCAGAGAGUAUUGAUGAUGAAGAAUUUGCUGAGAAUUACAGAGUUUUAUAUGAGCAUUGGCUUAAAAUGGUUGAGGAGAAUUCAAUGUUAACUAAGGAGAAACUCAAGUUAGAGGCUAAAGUCAUUGAAGUACAGAAAUAUGCUGCAGAAAAAGAAGAAGAAGCAUCACAAGCCAAAGUACAACUUGAAGAAACUCAAAAGAAUUUGAGGAUGCUUAAUAAUGGCACAAAGAAGUUGGAUCAUAUUCUGAAUAUUGGCAAGAUUGAUAAGUGUGGCCUUGGAUUUGAAGGAAAACUUUCAAAAUCAGAUCCAGUGUUUGUUUAUGGUGGAAAAAUCACAUCUGGAUCAGGAAGUGUGUCAGAAACUGCAACUAUGGCAGAGACUGCGUCAGGUACAAGAACUACUACGAGAACUGGUACAGAGUCUGAUACAGGAAAAGGUAAAGAACUGCAGAGUGCACCUCAACGAAUUUUUCGACCUGUUUGCCAUCAUUGUGGUAUUGUUGGGCAUAUUAGGCCAAGGUGUUUCAGAUUAUUGAGGGAGAGAAAUCGAAUGGAGAAUGCUUAUGAUAAGAGAUUUCAUGGUCCUACAUGUUAUCAUUGUGGAGUUCAAGGGCAUAUUAAGAGGAAUUGUUUCAGAUUCAUUCGAGAAUCCAGUCAUGAAGGCUUAAGGCGCAGGAAGAUUUGGGUUAGGAAAGAUGAUUUCUAUGGAGGUGGUGUACUAGGCUAUCAACCUCGUGUUGCAAAGCGGGGAGAAUUUUCUAAGUAG